AUGGAAGCGGGUCACAUCUUACUUGGACGGCCUUGGCAAUUUGACAAACAAACUUUGCAUGAUGGAGUCACCAACAAGAUAACCAUUCAACAUAAAGGCAAAAAGAUUAUUUUGAGCCUUCUUACACCACCGCAAGUGCGAGAGGAUCAAAUAAUAUUUAAGAAGAAGUUGGAUGGUGAGAAAAAGCUCCACUCUACCAAAGUUUCCAAAGAGAAAAAGUUGAGUUUGGUCGAAUGUGCCUCAACCAAUGAAGUUGUCCCACCACACUCUUCUAAAAAUCUUUUCCUUGGACAACCUCACUUUCUUCUCUAUUGUAAGGAGGCACUUCUUUCCAUAAAUAAUCCACUUGAGUCUCAUCCAAAGGGGUUACAAAAGCUUUUGAAAGAAUUUGAUGAUUUAUUUCCUAAAGAGGUUCCAAGUGGAUUACCACCUCUUAGAGGAAUUGAACAUCAAAUUGAUUUGAUUCCUGGCGCCAGCCUUCCCAAUAGGCCAGCUUAUAGGACUAACCCCACAGAAACCAAAGAGAUAGAGAAGCAAGUUAAUGAUUUUUUGGGAAAGGGUGGAUACAAAAGAGCCUUAGCCCUUGUGCGGUGCCAGUGUUGUUAG